AGGCCCAGAGGCUUCUGGGUAGCGGUUUACCCCCGCCCCCUGCGGCGGUGCUUUCCUUUCCCUCCCAGACGCCGCCGAGGUUGCACGCGUGAGGCCUCUCCGCCGCCGAGAUGCGCUACGUCGCUUCCUACCUGCUGGCUGCCCUCGGGGGCAACCCCUCCCCCAGCGCCAAGGACAUCAAGAAGAUCCUGGACAGCGUCGGCAUCGAGGCGGACGACGACCGGCUCAACAAGGUCAUCAGUGAGCUGAAUGGAAAAAACAUUGAAGAUGUCAUUGCCCAGGGUAUUGGCAAGCUUGCCAGCGUACCUGCUGGUGGGGCUGUGGCUGUCUCUGCUGCCCCAGGUGCUGCAGCUCCUGCUGCUGGUUCUGCUCCCGCUGCAGCAGAGGAAAAGAAGGAGGAGAAGAAGGAGGAGUCCGAAGAAUCAGAUGAUGACAUGGGAUUUGGCCUAUUUGAUUAAAUUCCUGCUCCCCUGCAAAUAAAGCCUUUUUAUGUA